ACCCAACUCUUUCUCACGCUUUCUCCGACCGAGGCACGGACAACAACCUUAGAAAUGGCGACAUUCACUCUCUCGCUCGACCCUUGCUCCGUUCCUCAAUGCUUCUCUCCAUCGUCCUCACCCUCAACUCCAUCUUCGCUCGCUCACCAGCUUCGUUUGGACUUGCCUGGCGACCGACCGAAAUCAGCCGCCGUCUCCUUUUCCUCUUCUUUGUUGCAAGGGGCUCGUUCUCACUUUCCGGUACAGGAGGGGAAAUCUUGUUCAUCGUUGCGAACAGCUGCAGUUCGGCACUUGGAGGGAUCUCUCACCAACGCUAGGGGCCUUCGCUUUGGUGUGGUUGUAGCACGGUUCAAUGAGGUUGUGACAAAGCUCCUACUGGAGGGUGCUCUGGACACUUUCAGGAAAUAUUCAGUACAAGAAGAGGACAUAGAAGUUGUAUGGGUUCCUGGCAGUUUUGAAAUAGGUCUCGUUGCUGAGAAGCUUGGGAAGUCUGGGAAAUUUCAUGCGAUCUUAUGCAUUGGGGCUGUGAUAAGGGGCGACACUUCCCACUAUGAUGCUGUUGCUAAUUCAGCAGCCUCUGGGGUGCUUUCUGCUGGUCUCAAUUCAGGUGUACCGUGCAUCUUUGGUGUCUUGACUUGUGAUGACAUGGACCAGGCUUUGAACAGAGCUGGUGGAAAAUCCGGGAACAAGGGAUCUGAGGCUGCUUUAACUGCAAUCGAGAUGGCAUCUCUGUUCCAGCACCACCUGGUAUUGUUUUGCAAGGACAUUUAGAUUACGAGACUAUGAUGCAGU